UGUGGUGGAAGCAUCUGGACAUAGUACAAAGAUCCAUGCCAAGGAUUCCGCAGUUUGUCAUGUGUCCCCUUAACCGUGUGGUCUGAUAGCCAACCUUUAUUGUUGCUAAUAGAUUUUUCCCUUCAUUAUCUGAGAGGAUCAUUCCAGUAGCAUGUUGCAGAGAGAAAGCAUUUGUCAAGCCAGCCAUCAAAUCUAAAAGGACAUUUUCUGUAACCUGAACCUGAAAAGUCUCUGCCACUUUUGGCGUAGCUGGGAAGAUAUGUAAACUCCAAGAGACUUGAUCAGUAACUCGAUUUGGCGAUAAACAUUUGAGAAUGUACUUGCUGGAUAGUGUGGAGAUGACUGACCCACAGAAGAGGAUUCUUGAACCUUUCGUACAUCAGGUCGGUGGGCACACCAGCAUGAUGAAAUAUGAUGACACCACCAUCUGCAAACCUCUCAUCUCCCAGGAACAAUUGUUCUAUGAGUCCCUGCCUCAGGAAAUGAAACCAUUCACUCCUCAGUAUAAAGGGACCAUUUCAGUCUGUCUUGAGAAGGACAGCAGCGGCCAGCUGAGUUUGGUGGCUUGUCCUCAAGCCCAAAAGAUCAGCGGCGCAGAGAAAGGAGGACCUGAGGCUCCGGCAAUGGCAAAACGGAAGCACAAGCGAGGAAGCCAGCGUGUAAUGGGCAGCAGUGAUCACAGUGCUGGUAUCAUCGAGAGCUCCCAGCUGGAGGGAAGCAGCCAUGACAGCAGCUACACUUCCUCCAGGGCUCUGAGGUUGGCCGUGAGAAUCUGUUCCGGCAAUCUGUUUCAGAUGAUGGACGGAAACCAGGGCUCCAACUCAGAGAAAAACUGCUUCAACCCUUGGAGUCUGCAAUGUCACAGGGAGCAGCUCAGCCGCAUGUGCUCGGAGUCCAAGGAGAAGAAAUUAUACAGAUUUCUCUUACUGGAAAAUGUCGUGUCGCAGUUCAAAUGUCCCAGCAUCCUGGAUUUAAAGAUGGGCACCAGACAACAUGGGGACGAUGCCUCAGAGGAGAAGAAAGCCCGACACAUACAGAAGUGUGAGCAAAGCACCUCGGCAUCACUGGGAGUCCGCAUCUGUGGAAUGCAGAUUUACCAGCCUGAGAGCGGUCACUUCCUGUGUCGGAACAAGUAUUAUGGACGAUCUCUUUCGACUGAAGGUUUCAAACAGUCCCUUUACCAGUUUCUACACAACGGCACGUACCUCAGGAAGGACUUGAUCGAGCCUGUUCUACUUCGACUCAAAGCUCUCAAGGCAGUGAUAGAGAAGCAGAGCUCCUAUAGAUUCUACUCCAGUUCACUUCUUAUCAUUUAUGACGGAAAAGAGAUGAAAGCAGAACAGAAAAGGAACAGUGCGGAGAUCCAAAUGCACAAACUUUCGUGCAAUAACUGUAACUGUAAUCUCUUUUCCGACGUCUCCCCACAGCCUGGAAAUGGUUCAGCCAAGAUUGAGGUUCAUAUGAUAGAUUUCGCUCACACGACAUACAAGGAUUUCCAGUCUUACCAGGGCACUCACGACGGACCCGAUAAAGGUUAUAUCUUUGGCCUGGAUAAUCUAAUUCAAAUUCUUCAGACGUUAAGGGAUGAAACCGAAUAAACUGCGUGUGACAGAAGAAUGUCUAACUGUGCGGCGAAGAACUGAAAAUAAGUUGUAUGACUUUUUUGUCGCUCUUUCUAAUGUGGUUCAAGGGUUAUUGAAUUUUAUGAUCCAAGCCUCCGGCAUUGUUCCAGAUGGAGAGGUGUAAAAGUACAUCCUUUGUAAGAUACCUAUUUGCCAUUCUUUAGUUGUAAUAAUGAAUGUUGUAAAUAAAGGAAGAAUUCAGCACUAUCACUUAUUGAAGAUAAAACCACAGUGUACAGUGGAAAUCAACUCUGGUGUUUGCGAGUGAUAAAACUCAAACAGCGUUGAAUCCAAAUCAUAUCACUGCGUGUUCUGACGGUUUCAGUGCAGCUUUCUGCACGAUAAUUUACAGUCUGCGAGUAACAUGCU